AUGUUUCUUUUUCUUCCUCUGGUUAAAUCUGUUCAUAUCUAUCUAUCUAUCUAUCUAUCUAUCUAUCUAUCUAUCUAUCUAUCUAAGUCUGUUUCUCAAAAAGUAAUUUAUUCAUAUCUAUCUAUCUAUCUAUCUAUCUAUCUAAGUUUAUUACGUCCAUUUGUGACAGACAUUUUCUUACCGCUGAUGUUUUUUUCCGCGUCAUUCUCUUUGAUUUCCAAUCGUGUCUCUGUCUAUUGUUGCUUGGCAACCCAUUUAGGAAGGAAAACUCCGAACAACAACCCGCAACUCAAGGUGUUAAUCGUGCCGAGGAGUGAAUGGCUACUGCGUUAUGAGGUCGCGAACGAUCCCCUACAGGCUUCGGAACCCUGUCUUGUUGAAAUCUAUCUAUCUAUCUAUCUAUCUAUCUAUCUAUCUAUCUAUCUAUCUAUCUAUCUAUCCUUCCUGACAUUAAAUGAACUGAAAUUGCACAGCACUUAUUCAAAAAUUGUGGUAAAGAAAGUAUCACUAGAUUCACAUAAGCUAUCUAUCUAUCUAUCUAUCUAUCUAUCUAUCUAUCUAUCUAUCUAUCUAUCUAUCUUACUCUGUUCUUAUCUAUUUCAAUCUGUUCAUAUCUAUCUAUCUAUCUAUCUAUCUACCUAUCUAUCUCUGCCUGUCUGUUCAUAUCUAUCUAUCUAUCUAUCUAUCUAUCUAUCAUUGUGUCUAUGA